AUGAAUACUCUUACUUCAGUUUCUACUAAUCACCCUGCUAUUAUAGAAGCCGCCAAAAUGACGAUACCAACGGUGGCCGUGGUGGACAGUAAUUCCGAUCCGGCAUAUCUAACAUAUCUGGUUCCAGCCAACGACGACAGCCCACAAAGUGUAGAGUACUUGUUAAGAUUGUUCAAGGAGGCAAUUAUGCGGGGGAAAGAAGCAGCGAAGAAACAGCAAGCUCAAUAG